GGCAAAAAUGUGGCCUGCGGGGCACGAGGGAUGAGAGAGGGAGAGGUUGCAAUCAGUGUGUCUGUGGGAUUCUGUGGGUUUGAUGUAAAGUACUGUCGGACGAAGCCCGGAGGGGGAGACGCUCAAAAACCUCCUGUUCAUGUUUUGGGAUCUCUAUUUAAUUUAUUCACUUUUUUUAAUUACUAAAAUCCCUUUUUGUUUUGUUUUUCCUAAUUUCUUUUUUUUUUGUGCUUUUUAAAGCCCGCUUUCUCCUCAAUCAGUCUGCCUCCUUCUAGUCGCCCCCACCUGCUGCUCACAGCCUCCGUUGCGUCCACCCUUCCCCGGUUUGCUGCGGCGGUUGACCCGACAGGAUCUCCAUGGCUGAAUAACAGAUUAAAGACGGGGGCUUGCUUCGGUGGUUUUCUCUGAGGGGGGUUGCUAAGUUGCGGUCGAGACCGUCGGUGGCGGCGGAGGAGGAGGAUGGCGCUGGCUCUGGAGGAAGUGUGGGGCCGAGUUAAGAACGUCUGCAAGCAGAACGGCCUGCUCAUCCUGUCCGUGCUGGCCGUGGUCAUCGGCUGCCUGUUGGGCUUCUUCCUCAGAGGCAAGCAGCUCUCCGAGCAGGAGGUGAAGUACUUCCAGUUUCCCGGUGAGCUGCUGAUGAGGAUGCUGAAAAUGCUAAUCUUGCCUCUUGUUGUUUCAAGUUUGAUGUCAGGUCUCGCUGCCCUGGACGCCAAGUGCUCAAGUCGCUUGGGCAUCAUGACCAUUUCCUACUACUUGUGGACCACGUUUGUUGCCGUGGUGGUGGGCAUCCUCAUGGUGUACAUCAUCCAUCCGGGUGGCGCCGCCCAGAAGGAGGACUCUGAGGACAGCAAGAAGCCCAUGACGAGUUCUGCCGAUGCGCUGCUGGACCUCAUCCGCAACAUGUUUCCAGCCAACUUGGUUCAAGCUACAUUUCAACAGUAUCGGACACACAGAGUGGCUGAGCUGAUCCCCAAGCCCACGGUGACCCAGCUGCUGGAUGAGACCACAACACGGCGGGUCUACAUCUACGGCGUCCAGGACGACAACGGCACCGACAUCCAGAACUUCUCCUUGGACCUGACGCCGCCUCCCGACGUCAUCGUCAAGACGUCGCCCGGGACCAGCGAGGGCAUGAACGUGCUGGGGAUUGUUAUUUUUUCUGCGACUAUGGGAAUCAUGCUGGGAAGGAUGGGACCCAAUGGAAGCGCGUUGGUCAACUUUUGCCAGAGUUUAAAUGAAGCAGUUCUGAAGAUUGUUGCCAUUGUCAUCUGGUAUUUUCCCUUUGGCAUCGUUUUCCUUGUUGCUGGGAAGAUCUUGGAAAUGGAUGACCCGUCAGCCAUGGGGAAGAAACUAGGCUUUUAUGCCAUCACUGUGGUCAUGGGCUUGGUGCUCCAUGGCCUUUUCAUCCUCCCUGCCAUGUACUUUUUCAUCACCAAGAAGAGUCCCAUCGUGUACAUUAGAGGGAUUCUGCAGGCUCUGCUCAUCUCUCUCGCCACCUCCUCCAGCUCUGCCACUCUGCCUAUCACCUUCAAGUGCCUCCUAGAGAACAACCAUAUCGACCGGCGCAUCAUCCGCUUCGUGCUGCCCGUCGGGGCCACCAUCAACAUGGACGGCACCGCUCUCUACGAGGCCGUGGCGGCCAUCUUCAUCGCCCAAGUGAAUAAUUACGAGCUCGACUUUGGGCAGAUCAUCACCAUCAGCAUCACCGCCACGGCCGCCAGCAUUGGCGCAGCUGGAAUCCCGCAGGCCGGACUCGUCACCAUGGUGAUCGUGUUGACCUCCGUGGGUCUACCCACCGAUGACAUCACUCUCAUCAUUGCUGUUGACUGGGCCUUGGAUCGAUUCAGGACCAUGGUCAACGUUAUGGGCGACGCUCUGGCUACCGGCAUCAUGGCUCACAUCUGCAGAAAGGAUUUCGUCAAGGAGGGGGAGCAGAAAAGGCCAAACGAAUUUGUGUUCUGCCGGAAGAAAUGCUGUGGAAGGUUUCACGGCUAUUAG